UUCCUUCAUGCCAAACGUAACUUCCGUCGUCUUCUUCAUCAAUCGAUUGCAGUGGUAAAAGGCUGUUUUGUGUAUAAAAUAACAAGAUCCGAUGUGUGAAACGAAAGACGAUUACAAAAAUGGCUAGCACAGUGGAAUUGAUGCAUUUGUGUAGGCUGUGCUUAGUCAAAGAACAAGUAAAUGUGCCCAUAUUCGAGGAUCAGGACGAGGAUAGCCAGAUUUUCAUGAAAAUCGUUACUUGUCUGCCGGUCAAGAUAAAUAAAGAUGAUAAAUUACCCAAGAAAAUAUGUGGUGGCUGCUCUUACAAGCUGGACCUGUUCUACCAAUUCUGCAAUUCUACAACAAAUGCAGAGAAACAGUUACUGCAAUGGUUUAACAAAGUUGGAUUUGAUGAUGCAGAUAAUGUUGACAGCCAACCAGAGGCAUCAAAAGACAUAGUUGAUGAAGCACAGGCAGAUUCAAUUUCAACAGAAACGCAGAGUUACAUAUUGCAGCAGCAGCAGCUACCAUAUGGACCAGUGGAGUUCUUCCAGGAUGACUUUGAUGAUUCUCAACCUGCUUCUGGUGCUAGUGAAAGUGAAUUAGUUGAGGAAUCUGCAGUGAAAAAACGUAAACGUGCCACAAAGAAUGUAUCUAAUAAAAAGAGUAAAACUGUGGUCACAACUAAGACUGAUGCCAGUGAUGAUGAUGAUGAUGAUGAAGACGAUGAUGAUGUUAAUGACCCUAAUGUGAUGACAUUUGAAGAUUCCAAAUUCUCAAUUUCAUGUGACCGUGAUGUUGAAGAAGCUGGUCCCUCAGGAAUUGGAAAACCUGACACACCUUGUGGUGAGAAUGUGUGCGAUGUUUGUGCGAAAGUGUUUUCUGUUCCGUGUAUGUUAAGGAUCCACAUGCGGAGGCAUUUUAAAGAGUACACGUAUAACUGUGACAAAUGCGAUUUCGGAACGUUUCGGAGGGACGUACUGAGGAGGCACGAAGAGGUCGUGCAUAACGGGAUGAGGUUCAUAUGCAAGGUGUGCGGAAAGAAAUUCACGAGCAAGUACUCGCAGAUCGCGCACGAGAAGAUGCAUCAUCGCCAAAUCCUCGACUGCGAGAAGUUCAAAUGCGAGAUCUGUAACAAGGUGUUUGUCCACAAGAAGACGCUGGUUCAUCACAUGAAGAUACACAGCGGGAAUAACAAGUUCGUGUGCGAUGUUUGCGGUAAAACCGUGGCCUCUGCGGAUAGCCUGAAGCAUCACCUGAUGGUGCAUUCAGGUUCAAAACCAUACACUUGUCCGGUGUGCGGCAAACGAUUCAACAAGAAACAACUUUGCACCAUCCACGAGAGGACCCACGGAAAGUCGAAGCCGUACAGUUGCACUAUAUGCCACAGCAAUUUUACCCAAAGAUCGUCCCUCGUGGUUCACACUCGCCGUUUCCACACCUCCAUCAGACCGUUUACCUGUAACGUUUGUAACAAAAGCUUUGCAACGAAAUCUGCCUUAACAGUGCACAAGAAAAGACAUAUAGUAACUUGUGAUAUCGAGAACAUCGACAGUAAGAAGUAUUCGUUAGUGAAAACGAAGAGGAAAAAACAACAGGUCUCCUUGAACCAUGUAAAUAUUAUAGAUAACCCGAGAACGAAGUACAAAUGUGCCGAUUGCAACGAACGAUUUCAAGACUACCAAAUUCUGCAGUCACACAAGGAAGUAUGUCUUAAUAAAAAUGAUGACGAAGAAGAGGAAGAAGACAAGGAUGAUCAUAAAGCCUCUCCCACAAACACCAUCACGUCUUCAGAAGCCGCUACGACUGUCGUCACCAGCCCGACAGAUGAAUCUAAUAACCAGGAUGCUGAUUUCGACCAGAACAAGUCGUACUUGUGCAAGUGCGGCAAGAAUUUCUACAAAACAUGCAUGUACAUUGCGCACACGAAGUUAUGCAGGGUAUACGCAAUGGCAAAGAAUACGGAUCAUUUCCAAUGCAAGAACUGCCACAGGUUCAUUUACAGUCUACAGUUUCAUAAUCACACAUGCGCCCCGGCGCCCAAAUGGAACUGUCACGACUGUGACGAGAAUUUCAAAUCGUUUAACGAACUGGUUCAGCACUACAAGGACUAUAAGCAUUCGAUGACCUGCGGCACGUGUCUAAAGGAAUGCACCAGUUACGGCAGUUUGGCGGCUCAUAAGAUGUCUUGCAAUCCGAAAUUUGCUGCAAAGAUUACAAAGGCUGUAACGUCUACGACGACGACGACGACAACAACAACAAAUACCACUGGCGCCACUUUGUCUACAACUCAAUCGUCCUGCAAAACAGUCAAAGUGCAGCAGGCUACACAAAUACCUGCUGAAACUAAAACCACCACUUCAAACAAAACAAAAAUCAAUUCCACCGGAAAAACCAAGACCUGUAAAAUUUGCAACGUGAUAUUACCUUCGGAUGAAAAAUUAAAGAAGCAUACGUGCGUCGCACCGUCUACUGCGGCGACUACUACCACAACUAAAUGCGAUCUCUGUUCGGUCCGGCUGCCUCCGGAAGCUCUCAUUAGUCACAUCGAAAGUCAUUUUUCCAUUGUUCAAGUAAAGAACGUAACUGGCUCAACGUCUACGGAAAUGAAAGCUCAGGAAUCGCCUGCGGAGCCAAAGGCAUCGGAUAAUAAUAAUGUAGAAUUGAUGUUAUCGGAAUUGAAUAAGAUUAUAUCGGACACAAAGAACCUAAAGUGCUUUAAGUGUACGAUUUGUAAUAAAAUUGAAACGACGGAGAAGAAGUUACAAGAACAUUUGGAACAGCAUAUAACUGUUCACCAAAAGCCCAACCACGAUCAUUCUGCGCAUCCACCGACGACCACUACGAAGGUAGUGAAACCCUCGGAAAUUCUACCAAAAACCGUAGAUGUAACGACAAAGAACAGCACAAAUCAGAUACCACUGCAAAGGAUGAUCCCACUGAUGAACAACCAAAAUCCACCGAAAUUAUUCUUGAUAAUGACGCCUACGGGUGGGACGUCCAGUGUGACCCCUGUAUACACAACCAUGACGAAUCUUAAUCUGAUGACGCAGAGCUUGAGCACCUUUGCCAUACAACCUCAACUUAAUUUAAACACCACUCAUACAACCGCUCAGAUGCCUAUAAGAAUGCAGAUAACGCCAUCCAGCGUCAAACAGCCGAUCGCCAAUAGUAUUAGCAAUUUUGUGAUAAGCGAUGUCACGUCUGGACCUGCUGCACAGUCUAUGAUAGAACAGCAAUCGCCGGCAAUUGCAGUUCCACCCGUCGAAGGUGCAGUUUCAUCAGGUGCUCCCGCUAUUGGAGAUUCUAUUGAUGCUGCUGCAGUAUCGAAUAAUAUUGAUGACGAUACCGCUACUAAAAAUGUUGAUGAAACGAUCGAUGAUGGAUCGACUGAAAAUGCUAUUGAUGUAUCUAGUAAUCCAAACUAUAAGCCAAAGAUAUUUGUAAAGCCCCUAAGUCAGUUGCUGAAAAGCCCGGUUAAAACGCUUGUAAAUGAAGCUUUAAGCAGUGAGAGCCAAAAGCAAAAUGUUGAUGGCAGUCAGGUGAAGAAAAUAAUCGAUACAGAUACAGGCACGGUGAUCAAGAAAAAUGUUGCUGAAGCCGAGAAAACUGUAACGAACGUGGUGUUAGCCGAACCUGGCAAGCUAGAAGCAAUAGGCAGUGCUUCUAGUGUUAAAACUAUUAUAGAAGUUGUUAGUCCGAGCACGAGUAUGCUGCCGAAUAUAAGUCUAGUGAAAACCAAGGGCGUGAAGAAGUUCUUUAAGUGCUCCAUGUGCAACAUUCUUCAGAGAAAGUCUUACCAGCUGAAACAACAUCAGAAGAAGUACAACUGCAGGGUGUGCCCUUACUAUUGCUGCAAGCAGGCCAUGAUGGAUAAGCAUUACAUAGACGUGCACAAUUACAAGAAUCGAUGCGCGCUUUGUGACAUGCAAUUCGAUACUAUAAAAGACCAGAAGUUACACAAGAGGAAAGUGCAUUGGUGUUCUCUGUGCGGUCGAUGUUUUGCGGAUUUGGAGCUGCACGAAAAGGCUUACACCUGUAAAUCCUGCCAGUUUACAGCAUGCAACAACGUCAUCCUGGAUAAACAUUACAAGAAGAUGCAUUGCGUGACGAUGCGCUGUACACCCUGCAACGAGGUCUUCUACUCUCACACCACCUUUACCGAUCACAAGGACGCAAUACAUUAUUGUAAAAAAUGCAAAACCUACAAGAUGGAUCUGAACAUCCACCAGACGUUCUGCAAGGGCGUCCCAAUAAGACCCUCGCCGCCUGUACUCAACACCCCUCAAGUGAUUCUAAAUAGCCCUACGAUUGCAGUCAAAAAUUUCCAAGAAGCCAUGUAUAGCCAAUCGAACUUUGGCUUGGAAAGCUGCGACUUGCAGGUCAGGCAACAGCAGCAGCAGUACAUGCUGUGCGUGAAGCAGGAGGGAGAGUACAAUCUGCUGGACAGCGCCGUCGACCAACUGAGCGAUCCGGACCUGCUGAACCUCUUGGCCACCGAAGACUGUACGUCCAUCCUGCAGAACAUCGAAAGCAAUGAGAACUUCGAGAGACUCAUUAGUAACGAUGUGGACGAUGGAAAUUUGAACUUCCUGGAUGCGAACUACUGCGAAAAUAUCUUGAAGGAGGAAUGCUAUUUCUCGGAAGUUAGGCCGUACGCUUGCGAGGUCUGUAACAAGAGGUUCAAGCAGAGGCACGAGGUGAACGCGCACAAGCGCAGCCAUAGCAAUCCGUCUUUCCAGUGCGAUAUCUGUUCGAAGAUGUUCGUGCACAAAUCGCAUCUCACCAGCCACAGAAAGAAACACUUGUGCGAGUUCUCAGAGUUCUGCAAGGAUUGCAACAAGGGUUUCGUUACGAAAUCGGCAUACUUGAAGCACGUGAAGGUGCAUCACGAGAAGGUGUCGCACAUUUGCGACAUCUGCGGACAUCGUCUGAGCACGAUGAGCGCCCUUAACGAGCACAAGACUACGCACGAUCCCAAUUAUGGAAAGGAGAGGUCGCACGUUUGCGACAUAUGCGGAAAAAGCUACUUGACCGCGCGCAAUCUCAAGACUCACCUGAAAACGCAUCUUCAGCUCAGCUCGUACGUCUGCAACAUUUGCGGCAAAUCAUUGAGCAGCAAGAAAAUUCUCGAGACGCACGUGAAAAUGCACAUCGGCGAGAAAGAUUUUGUCUGCGAAUUUUGCACUAAAAGCUUUGCGGCGAAGGAGUAUCUGGUGAGUCACAGAAGGAUCCACACCGGUGAUAAACCUUUCAAAUGCCAUCUCUGCGAGAAAGCGUUUACUCAAAGAACAACCCUCACUGUGCAUCUGCGAUGUCACACAGGUGAAAGACCCUACAAAUGCCAUUGCGGAAAGGCUUUCAUCACGAAGAACCAUCUGACUAACCAUUACAAAACACACGAUCUGCCCAAUUUGGAUUUCUCAUACGAAUUUGCGGAGCAAAAAAUAAUAACUCAAGAAUUGUACAGUGAUGAAGCGAAGUCGGUUUUAGUGAGUGUUGUUGCUUUGGAAGAGAAGGCUGAAAAAGAAACGAAGAAGUUGAGUAGUAGUGAUGUUGGGAAGAAAGUAACGGCGAAGAGCAGGAAGACGAGGGAAACACCGAGGACUAAGAGGAAGACGAGAAGCGUGAAGAAAGAUGAGGAUUUCGAGUACGUUCCUGGUGACGGUGACAGCAGCAGCAAGACGGAAGAGGAUGAGCCCAUCCAUUGUGAUACGUGUGACACUAUCUUUAAAAAUCAUCUCACCUUUGGGCUUCACUCGCUCAUCCACAACGCCGAUGACAAAUAUUCGUGUCACAUGUGCAAUUACAAGAGUUCCUCGAAGUACAACUUCGAGAUGCACAUCAAAGCGCACCAGGGGAAGACAGGCUACAAGUGCGAGAUUUGCAACAAGGCGUUCACCAUAAGCACGCACGCCGUCGAACACAAGAACUUCCAUACCGGCGAGAAACCGUUCCAGUGCGAAAUAUGCGGUAAGCACUUCAUGUUCUCGUGGUUCCUGACAUCGCACAGACGAUCCCAGCACUGGGAAAUAAUGACCGGGAAGCCACUGGUCAAGUACGAUUGCACCAUCUGCAACAAGCACUAUACCAGUGCCACCGGUCUACGCAGACACAAGAUCAGCAAGCACAAUUACCAGGGAAUAGAUGCGAGCGUUCUGUGCGACAUCUGCGGCAAGAGUUUAUCUAGCAAGGAGAAGCUCAAGUUCCAUAGGCGCAUCCACACCGGGUACAAACCGUACUCGUGUCAGAUGUGUUCGAAGAGCUUUACCAGGAAGGAGCAGCUCAAGGAACACGAGAGAGUGCAUACAGGCGAGAAACCGUUCAUCUGCAAGUUCUGCGGAAAGGGUUUCACCCAGCGGAGUCCUCUGAGGAUUCACGAGAGGACUCACACGGGCGAGAGGCCGUACAUCUGCAGACUUUGCGGCAAGGGAUUCAUCUCGAAGGGUGUCAUGGACACGCACAUGAAGAACUGCGAGGGUGGUCAACAUUCGACAUUCAUGCAGUGAAAAAUAAAAACCUCUUUAAAGUCGCGUACCAGUUUUCAUUGAUUCUUCUCUCUCCUCAUUUCGUACACUUUUUUUUAUUAUAAUUAGAUUGAAACUUACUUCAAAUUGUAUUCUAC